AUGGCAUCCAAACGCCCCAAUUUCCUCAUCAUCGUCGCCGACGACAUGGGCUUCUCAGACGCCGGAUGCUUCGGGUCCGAGAUCCAGACUCCCAACAUCGACAAGUUGGCCCAAGAUGGGAUUCGUCUAACCGGCUUCCACGCUGCUGCGGCGUGUUCGCCCACCAGAGCCAUGAUCCUGACCGGAACAGACCACCACAUCGCCGGUCUCGGGAACCUGAUUGAGUGGACCGACUUCAGUGGUCAAAACUUCCCCAAAGGGAGCAAAUACUCGACGGCUCCGCAGCGAGGAAUGCCCGGCUACGAAGGCUACUUGAAUUCCCAGGUGGUGUCUCUGCCGGAAGUGCUGAGAGACGGUGGCUACCACACCAUGAUGGCCGGGAAAUGGCAUCUAGGCCUGACCAAAGAACGCAGUCCGCAGGCUCGAGGCUUCGAUCGAAGCCUGGCCCUAUUACCGGCGUGCGCCAAUCACUACGACUACAGGCCAGACGUGGAUUUCCCGAAGUUCCUCGAGAAGAGCGUCAUUGCUAUGCACAUGGAAGACGGCCGCUACGUCAAAGAGCUUCCUGACGGGUGGUAUUCCAGCAACGGCUACGGCGACCAAAUGCUCAAAUACCUGAAGGAGUGGAAGGAAGACGACGCCCUCUCCGAGAAACCCUUCUUUGCAUACUACCCGUUCUCGGCGCCGCAUUGGCCUCUGCAAGCACCGAAGGAGUACAUCGACCACUACCGAAAUGUGUACAAAGACGGACCUGAAGCGUUGCGCCAAGCGCGGCUGAAGAAACUGAUCGAGCUCGGCAUGAUUCCCAAGGACGUCAAACCGCACCCGGUCGUAGCGGACGAGGUCCCCGGCUGGGACGAGAUGGACGAUUACCACCAAAAGGCAUCCUGCACGGCGAUGGAAGCGUACGCCGGCAUGGUGGAGUGUCUGGACCACAACAUCGGCCGCGUGACAGAGUAUCUGGAAUCCAUAGGCGAGCUGGACAACACGUACAUCAUGUUCUUCUCGGACAAUGGCGCCGAGGGCGCCGCGUACGAAGCAUACCCGAUGGUGGCCGGCGAGCUGAUGUCGCAUAUUGGGAAAUACUACAACAACGCGCUCGACAACAUCGGCAACAAGGACAGUUUCGUGUGGUACGGCCCGCGCUGGGCUCAGGCAGCCACCGCCCCAAGCAGACUGUAUAAAGCAUAUACCACGGAAGGCGGGGUGCGGGUGCCCUGCGUGAUCCGAUAUCCGCCCAUCCAUGCUGACCGACAAGGCGCCAUCACCGAAACCUUCGCCACCGUCAUGGACAUUGCACCGACGCUAUUGUCGUUGGCAGGCAUCCCCCACCCAGCGCCCGAAUGGAAGGGUCGUGCGAUCGUGCCGAUGCGCGGCAAAGACAUGACGCCCUGGCUGACCGGCCAGGACAGUCGCGUGCACGACCCCGACGAGUCGUUCGGCUGGGAACUGUGCGGCCGCGCCGCCAUCCGCAAGGGCCAGUGGAAGGCCGACUUCAUCCCCUUCCCCAAGGGCAACUCCGCCUGGCAGCUGUACGAUCUGUCCAAAGACCCCGGCGAGACCGACGAUCUGGCCGCCCAACACCCCGACAUCCUGCAGGACCUGUUGCAGCUCUGGGAGACCUACUGUGAGGAAACGGGCGUCGUGCCGCUGCAGCCGGAGCUGGGCGCCCGCUGGCAUGAGGCUGUCGAGAGCCAGAUGAAGGAGGGCGAGUGGAUCGAAUAUGAGUACUGGAAACCCGGUGCCCUGGAAGACUCGACGCGGAAUCAGUUCGUCCGCGAAAUUGCGAAGGUGCCUGAUCCGCGAGUCAAGGAGGCUGCCGGUGGACAAUCUGUCAAUGUCGCCUAG